CACACACACACACCUAAGUGCACCUGUUGAGUGUUCACCGCUUUUAGAGUCUAUGUAUUAUUACAUGAAACUGUGAAUAGAAGCAGUGUAGACUGACUACAGUGUUACCUGGACAAGAUCAACUGGGAUAGACUAUGGCUACUACAAUUAGCCUCCUUCCUGAGAAGCACUUCUUGUGCUCUCUGUGUAGAGACAUAUUCACCAGCCCAGUGACCAUACCAUGUGGACACAGCUUUUGCUUGUCUUGUCUCUGUCGCUACUGGGCACGACACCAGUCCAAAUACUGCCCGCACUGUAAGAGGGUGUUUACUGGCAGGCCUGACCUCAGUGUCAACCGCAUUCUGGCAGACCUCUCAGACAAGUACAGGAAGACUCGUCCAGAGAAACCACCUGAUGAGGAAAUGGUUGUAGAUGUUGAGCAAAUGAUUCAGGAAAGGCUACAGAAGAAAGAAAGGUUAAAAUUUUCCCUUGAGCUCCAAAAGAACUCUUACCUCAGAGAGGUGCGAGAGAGCCAGAAGGUCUUCUCUGCCCUCGUAAAUGCUAUGGAGAAGAGUCACAAAGCGGUCGUUUCAGCAAUUGAGGAGAGACAGGGAGAGGAGGAGAGGAGAGUAAAAACUCUGGUGGAAGAGCUUGAACAGGAGAUCCAUGAGCUGAGGAGGGAGACCACUGAAUCUGAUCCUCAGAUUCCUGUAAACAGUGAUCAGAGUGAUGACAAGACGCAGAACAUUUCCACAGUGUGCCCCUCUGAGAUGAAGGACUGGUCCAAGGUUACCAUAGAAACCGACCCUUGUGUUGGGGUCACCAGACGAGCACUGUCAGACAUGAUGGAACAGAUUAAGGUAGAAGUCAACAGGCUCUCAAAAUCUGAACUAAAGAGAAUAGAGAAAUACACAGUGGAUGUCAAUCUGAGUGCCAAGACAGCCCACCCCUUCCUCUUUGUCUCAGACGACAGAAAACAGGUGCGACACACAGACAAGUUUCAGGAGGUGCCAGAUAACCCCAAGCGGUUUGACCGCGUGGCAAACGUGCUGGCCAAAGAGAACUUCAGCACUGGGAGGUGCUAUUGGGAGGUGGAGGUCGGGGAGAAGAUUGAGUGGAACCUGGGUGUUGUCAGACAGUCCAUAAACAGGAAGGGCAAGUUCACUGUCUGCCCUGCAAAUGGUUUCUGGACUGUAAGCCUGAAGGCUGGAGGCCAGUACAUUGCCAACACCUCUCCUGUCACCCCGUUGGCUCUGGAGCAGAGACCCAGGAAGGUGGGCGUGUUUUUGGACUACACAGAAGGCCGCGUGUCCUUCUACUGUGCAGAAUCUGGAGUCCACAUUCACACCUUCACAGAUACAUUUACUGACAGGCUUAAUCCAUUCUUCAGUCCUGGUCGCCUGCAUGGUGGCAAAAACGGUGCUCCCCUAAUCAUCAGUUCUAGUUUCUGCAGCAUCUAAAAAUCAUAUUUAAUGCAGUAUUAUU